AUGACUGACGGUACUGUUCUUCUCACUGGGGCAAACGGCUCUCUUGCCAUCCCCGCCAUCCAGCAUCUCCUCGCCAACUAUCCCAAACACCAGGCUGUACUGACCGUCCGCAAUCCCUCGGCCUCUGACCCCAACACCCAGAAACUGCACGCUAUUCUCAAGGAAUUCCAGGACCGGGUCUCGGUGCGUGCUCUCGAUCUCUCUGAUCUGUCCUCUGUGCGCACUUUUGCGACUACCCUUGCCGCCGACAUCAACUCUGGCUCCCUUCCGCCACUCACCAGCAUCAUCUGCAAUGCUUACUACUGGAAUCUCUCCACGGCGCCCGAGUUCACCGGUGAUGGCUUCGAGAAGACCUUUCAGGUCAAUCAUCUCGCACACGCCAUCCUUGUUCAGCAACUCCUAGAGUCCUUUGGACCCGCCUCGAAUUCCUCCGAGGUACCCUCUGCACGACGUGGUCGCAUUGUGGUUUUUGGUAGCGACACCAUCUUCCCCGGCCAGAGCAACCUUGAGAAGUACCCACCCCAUCUCCCGGGCAAUCUCAAUGACUUGGCCAAACCGACCCCGGAGACGGAUGGCGACCACAUGGGCCACGGCUUCCUGCGAUAUGCUUUGUCGAAACUCGCCAUCGUAACCUGGAUGUAUGCAAUGAAUGAGCAUUUCCAAAAGCCUGAAAAUGCGCCACUGAGAGAAAUCAAGGUCGUCGCCAUUAACCCAGGUAACCUCAGCGACUCACGGGCGCUCCGCACCAACACUCCAUGGAUGUUACGAACUCUUUCGCGCUUCGUAAUUCGGCCGUUCCGGCCUGUACUACGCCUCAUGGACCCGACCAUGCGAACUGCGGCUGCAGCUGGGGUGGAUGUAGUGAAGCUGGCGGUAGAUGAACAGUUCGAUGGCGCCAGCGGCUAUUUCACCUUGUUAGAGAAGAGUGAGGGGCCACCAGAAAGUAGAGACAGAGACAAGCAAGCGGCGUUGUGGGAGAAGACGACUGAAUGGAGCUCAAAAUAA